AUGAAGAUAGAUACUGACUCGCUGAGAAGCCACCUGAAGCUUCGAUGCUUCAACAUUGACCUGGAGGUCUUGUGCGAACAGCAGACGGUUGAGAACCUGAGGUCAUUCUUCCUGUCGUUUCCGCGAGGUUUUCGGUUGUCGCAGACCGUUUCACUACUCCGAGCAUGCACGGACGUCACAGACGCUCAGGCUAUGGACGUGUUCGAUCUUCUUGAUUGUGAUGGCAGAGGUUGUCUGAGAUUCACAGAAUUUUAUUUCCUGUGCUGCUUGCUGGUGGCCUACUGCCGUCGGGAGUUGAAGAAAUUCAUGUACCAACGCUGGGAUGACAUAUCCCGACUGCUGCAAGCGAAGUCUCGAGACAGAGAGAUCAGCACAGGCUCCAAGGUCGUCAAGGUGCCUGUUGUGAGCGUUUGCUGCUUCUUCCGCAUCCUCGGGCAAGAGAGGGACCUCUUCUCAAAGAUGGAGCAACUCAGACUGAGCAAACGCGACCUCAACAGGAACGAGCUGGAAACCCUCUUCUUUGCCUUGUUUCAUGAUUUCGACGAGGAGAUUCAAGAAAACUUUCUUCCUGAUGAGCCAACCAAAGACGGAGAAGGAACCUCUGUACCUAACAAAACACGAGUUUGCACUGUGUCAUGA